AUGUGGCUACCAAAGCAAAAUGCGACAAAGAAAGAAACAGGAACUGGUUCAGUGGCAGUAUGUAUAGACAAAGACAAAGGAAGCCAACAUGCUCUUAAAUGGACAAUCGAUAAUCUUGCUUCUCGUGGCCAAACCAUUUCUCUUAUUCAUGUCGCCUCCAAAUAUUCUUCAGAUUUUGAUGAAGGAACGCCACAGCAGAAGCAGCAAUCGGAGAAGUCAGCGAAAGAUCUCUUUCUCUCUUUCCACUGUUAUUGUUCGCGUAAAGAGAUAAAUUGUCGAGACAUACUACUAGAAGAUGUAGACAAAGUCAGAGCAAUUAUCGAAUAUGUUACAACGUCCGCAAUCGAGAAUUUAGUCGUUGGAACAGCAUCACGUAAUGGCUUCAUGAGAAGAUUCAAGACGGAUUUGCCAACAACUGUGUCAAAAUCAGCUCCAGAUUUUUGCAGUGUUUAUGUCAUUUCAAAAGGCAAGAUCGCUUCAGUACGAAAUGCAUCUCGUCCUGCUCCUUACCAUAAUAACUCGAUGAAAAUCUCUGAAUCUGACAAUCCAGUCACUCCUGAGAAAGCACAGAGGCAUCAAGAUUCUACAGGUAAUACACCGUCUAGGCCUCGUAGAUCAGUUGAAAUAGAAACUACAAGAUCACCAUUAGUGAAAAGACAAGGAAUGAAGACAUAUUGUGACUUGUAUGACUCAGACACGGACAUGUCAUUCAUGAGUCCUCCUCAUCGAGAGUCUGACAUUUCCUUCAUCAGCUCAGGGAGACCAAGCGUUGAGCGCUCUUCUUUCACCCUUGAUUUCCCUGAAUCUGGAAGGACGUCAAGAAUGUCAACGAGCUCAGAGCAAAGCAUUGGCUCACAUCGCUUGGGGAUCAAGUUCAGUGAUCCUGGUUUCCCUAGCGAUUCACCUAACUUCUCUGAAGAAAGUGCUCGAACAUCUUCCUAUUCAUCUCAAAGCUUGGAUGAUGUUGAAGCUGAAAUGAAGAGGCUGCGUCUAGAGCUCAAACAAACCAUGGAUAUGUAUAGCACAGCCUGCAAAGAAGCUUUAAGUGCUAGACAACAGGCAACGGAGCUGCAAAAGCUGAGAACAGAAGAGGAAAGAAGGUUGGAAGAAGCAAAGAGUUCAGAGGAAGCAGCAAUGUCAAUAGUGGAAAAGGAGAGAGCUAAAGCCAAAGCGGCAUUAGAAGCUGCAGACGCUGCAAAGAGACUAGCAGAAGUUGAAGCUAAGAGAAGACUGACCGCAGAGAUGAAGACCUUAAAAGAAUCUGACUCCUUCUCCAGAGGAUUUGUUCGGUAUAGGAAGUACACUGUUGAAGAAAUCGAAGAAGCAACUUCGAAUUUCGCAGAGUCUAAUAAGGUAGGAGAAGGAGGGUAUGGUCCUGUCUUUAGAGGCUUUCUUGAUCACACAAGCGUUGCUGUCAAGGUUUUACGCCCUGACGCAGCUCAAGGAAGAUCACAGUUUCAGAAAGAGGUUGAAGUGUUAAGUUGUAUAAGGCAUCCAAACAUGGUGCUUCUUCUUGGAGCUUGUCCAGAAUUUGGGAUUCUUGUAUAUGAAUACAUGGCCAAAGGAAGCUUAGAAGAUCGUCUUUUCAUGAGAGGCAACACGCCGCCGAUUUCGUGGCAGCUACGUUUCAGAAUCGCUUCUGAGAUAGCCACAGGACUUCUCUUCCUCCACCAGACUAAACCGGAACCGAUUGUCCACAGAGAUCUUAAACCGGGAAACGUUCUUCUCGAUUACAACUACGUGAGCAAGAUCAGCGAUGUAGGGCUAGCAAGAUUAGUCCCUGCGGUAGCAGAGAACGUUACACAGUACAGGGUCACGUCAGCUGCAGGAACAUUCUGUUACAUCGAUCCAGAGUACCAGCAAACCGGAAUGUUGGGUGUGAAGUCAGAUGUUUACUCGUUAGGGAUCAUGCUUUUGCAGGUCUUGACUGCGAAACAGCCGAUGGGUUUGGCUUAUUACGUUGAGCAAGCGAUCGAAGAAGGGACUCUUAAGGACAUGCUUGAUCCAGCAGUACCGGAUUGGCCUAUGGAAGAAGCUACGUCUUUAGCAAAGCUCUCGCUUCAAUGCGCGGAGCUGAGAAGGAAAGACAGACCGGAUCUUGGGAAAGAGAUAUUGCCUGAGCUCAAUAGGUUGAGAGAUAUCGGUGAAGAGAGUUUAGGGACUGUGUAUUAUGCAGGAAGUCAUGGAAGGUCUCCAAACCCUAGCCAAGUCUCCAUUUCAACAUCUAGUGAUCCUUGUAUAUCGAAUUCGGAAUCUCCAGUUGCAGAAUCUCAUGCUUACUUUUCAGAUGUAGAAAGAAAAUCUGGUUAA